UGUCCUCCAGCUGUGGUAUUUCUGUAUCUGCCAAAGGGUAAAAACCCCAUUAGUCUAUUCUCCACAGAGCAAAAACUGAAGUUUUUUGUUUUGUUUUCAAAGCUCAGAGAAAAAGCACAGCAUUGAAGAGCUUGGAAUAUACACACACCACAGUGCUUGGUUUUCCAUUCAUUCUAGGAACUAUUUCAGUAUUGAGUGGUGUUUCAGGGUAGCACUUGGAGUUGGAGAAUAACGUAUAAUCAUAUUUAAUUCUUCUGACUGUUUUCUUGAGAUUUACGUUUCACAAUGAGAAGAAGUAGUUGACACCUUCGUAUACCCCUCAAUUUCUCGGGAUAUUUCUCACGAUGGAAUCAAUGAAGCCAUCAGCAGUGACCCCAAGUAAGAAGUUGGCUCGCAGUUUUGCCAAGGUUCUUCAUCUUAGAGCACUAAUUGGAAUUGCAUCAGUUGAUGGGUUGAAGAAUGUUAUAUCUGAUGCAAAUCUCAAAGAUGAAGGGAACAUGGAUAAGACUACAUUAAAUUGGUCUGAGUCUUUCAACACAGAUGAUGAUGAAGAGCUUCAGGAAAGAGUGGCCACAGAAGCUCUCCUUGCAAAACUGUUUGCUAGCAUUUCAACUGUUAAAGCUUCAUAUGCUCAGCUACAGUAUGCUCAGUCACCUUUUGACCCUGAUGGAAUUGAAGCUGCUGAUCAAUUGCUAGUGUCUGAGUUGAAGAACUUGUCUGAACUAAAGCAAUGUUACUUGAAGAAACAAUUUGAUCCUUCACCAGAGACAGCAAUUCUUGCAGCUGAAUCAAAGGAGCUGAAGAGUGUUAACAAAACAUAUGAAAUUACGGUGAAGAAGUUAGAAUCACAGGUGCGGCUUAAGGAUUCCGAGAUUAUGUUUCUUAGGGAGAAGCUAGAGGAAGCUAACAGGCAGAACAAGUCAAUAGAGAAGAGAUUAAAUCAAAGUGGGGCGUUAUCUGUACUUGAUAAUCUUCAUAUAUCAGGAUUAAGUCCUAGCCAUUUUAUCACUGUUCUUCGCCACACGGUUAGGUCCAUUCGGAACUUUGUGAAGUUGAUUGUGGAUGAAAUGAGAUCUUCAGAUUGGGAUAUUGAUGCUGCAAUUGAUGCUAUUGAGCAGAAUGUGGUUUACUGGACAGAAGACCACAAGUGUUUUACAAUUGAGUCCUUUCUUUGUAGGGAGAUGUUUGAUUCUUUCCACUUCCCUAAUUUCUCCCUUCCAAAUGAGUCUCUUCCAGAUAGAAACAAGCAACAACAGUGGUUCUUUGGGAGGUUCAAUGAGCUUAAAUCCAUGAAAGCAAAGGAAUUUCUUGCUGAGAAGCCAAGAUCAUCAUUUGCAAAGUUUUGCAGGAUCAAGUACUUGAGACUUGUUCAUCCCAAGAUGGAAGCAUCAUUCUUUGGUAACCUGAGCCAGAGGAACCUUUUGAAUGCUGGAGAGUUUCCAGACACUGCCUUCUUCACAUCAUUUGCUGAGAUGGCUAAGAGGGUAUGGCUCUUACAUUGCUUAGCCUUCUCUUUUGAGCCUCAAGCUUCAAUCUUUCAAGUGGGGAAAGGAUGUAGAUUCUCUGAUGUGUACAUGGAAAGCGUGAAUGAUGAAAUGCUCCUCUAUUCAGACCAGACAGUGGAAUCAGAUCCACAAGUGGCUUUCACAGUAGUUCCAGGGUUUAGGAUUGGUAAAACUGUUAUACAGUGCCAAGUGUACCUCUCACCACACCAAACCAUGGUAAAAAAUUUCACUUCCACAAAGGAAAGGUGACAACUUUUGUGGUCAGGCACUGACCCCAUAUCACAAGUUAUUGAACUGUAAGGCAUUCUUUUUUCUUAAUUGAACUUUUUGGAAGAAGGGAAAGGACAUGGCCCUUGCUGUGAUGCAUGGUAGCUGAUUGUGUUUGUGGGGACUUGAUCUCUGGCUAGGUUCAAUGGGGGUAUCUUGUCCAUUUUGAAAAGAAAAAGGUUGUGGACCGUUGCAUUGGGAACAACCUUUUUGUUUAGAAUCUUUUUUAAUUUAUGCAAAUUUAUGUAAGACAUGCCCCCAAAUUUUGUUGAUAUCAGGCCAGUGACAGAGAUUGUCUAGCUGUAAUGCAUCUUUAGACAUUGCAUGAUAUAAUAUGUACAUAAUAAUAUAUGGGGGGGAACAUUAUAUUAUAAUCUUUGUUCUGCCCAAUUUCUCUUUUUUUUUUUUUUAUGGGUUAUAUUUAUCUCAUUUUAUAUGAGAUAAACAACUCUCCU